AUGUACGAGAAGGAGGGCACCUGGAACUUCUCUUUCUCGGGAAGCGGCUUCUUGGAGUUCUACCUCGUGGGUGCCACGACCUGCCUGAGGGAGCGUGCCCCGCACCUGCUGCAUGGGGCCCGCCGCUUCUAUGGCUCCUCGGCCUGGGUGGUCUGCUGCCUCUCCAUCCUCUCCAUCCUCUGCAACCACUCCGUGGAUUUCCACUGUGCCAACAUCAUGGACUUAGCCAAGGAGACUAAGAAUAUCCUUGGCAUCUAUCACCCCUGCUAUGAUCCAAUUGAUUUUGUGAGGCAGCGCCUUAAAAAGCAACUUCCUGACAACAUCCAUGAGGUGGCCUCCCAGAAGAUGGGCAUCUCCCUCACUCGGUUUCCAGAUGGAAAGAAUGUGAUCAUCACCAGUUUUGCCAGCAAAGAAGAGGUCAUCCAGGCAGUCAUCUGUAGCUUAUUUUUCCCCUUCUACUGUGGUGCUAUUCCUCCCUUGUUUCGGGGAGAGCGCUAUAUGGAUGGGUCUCUGAGCAACCACGUGCCCUUCUUCGACUCAAAGGUGACCAUCACCUUCUCGCCUUUCUAUGGGGCUUCGGACAUCUGCCCAGAAAGCCCCUCUGCCAGCUUCCACGAGAUCUGCAUCUCCAAAGGCAACUUCCAGCUCUCCGUACAUAACAUCCAUCACGGAAUAAUGAGUCUCUUCCCCCCAGAGCCUGAGGUGUUGGCAGAUUUUUGUAGACAAGGCUAUUUGGAUGCUCUGAAGUUCCUGGAGAGAUGUAUUAUGAAGGAGGCAAUCAUUCCAAGCUUGCUCCAUAAAGGGACCUCAUCGCCUAGCUCUAUAAACCAAGCCAGCAACAACCGAGGCACAAAUGGUGGGAGUGAGGAAGAGGAAAAGUCAGGACCGUAUGUCAGCUGGAAUAUACCCCAUGUGCGGGUCAGAGACGUAGCAAACUUCGAGCUCCUGUCUCCAGAACUUGAAGCAGCCUUGAAGAAGAACUGUGAAAAGCCCAGUGGCCUCUUUGCCCGAUUUUCCCGCUCCCUGCCAGGCCAGAUGCUGAUCUACUCAGCCCUGCCCUACACGGUGCCCGUGCAGUUCACAUACGUUAGGAUUAAGAAGUUCAUCAGAUGGAUUCCAAAGGCCCCAGAUGACAUCUGGUGGACACACAACAUCCUCAAGAAGUUUGGCAGCUUUGUCUACUCUGGAAUGAGAGACAGACUUCUGGGGUCACCAGGCAUCCUGACAAGGCCUUUCCAUCCCCCCUGCCUCCUCGAGGGCUCUCCGGAUGACGGAGGGGAGAAGGCUUAG